CGCCAAUUCAACACACCCAACAAAUGCCACCAUACCCCGAUUUUUAGCUGUUUGUACCGUACCGCCGAGGGAUUGUGAAGUAUAUUUUCUUCUCAGCCUCAGCCUCUUUCUCUACCUUUCAUCUCCCUAUAAAUAUUCUUUAUUCAUCAAUUUCAUCCUCUCUUGAAGCUUCAUAUACCCCGGUCGCCUUCACGGAUACCGUCGUAGACGAAGCUCUUAUCGCACAACUCCCCGCUCUCUCCCCGCUUUCACCGCAUACAUAACCAUACAUCACAAUGGCCAUGAACGCAAGAACCACGACGAGGGCCUUCAGGGCUCUACGCCCCUCCACCCUCCGCCCAAUCGUCAUCAAUGCCACCCGCAGCUACGCCAGCUCCUCGGAGCCCAGCCUGAAGGACACCAUGAAGGCCGUCAUCCCCGCCAAGCGCGAGCUCCUCAAGAAAGUCAAGGCCCACAGCGACAAGGUCAUCGGCGAGGUCAAGAUCGAGAACACCCUCGGCGGCAUGCGCGGUCUCAAAGCCAUGGUCUGGGAAGGCUCCGUCCUCGACGCAAACGAGGGCAUCCGCUUCCACGGCCGCACAAUCAAGGAGUGCCAAGCUGAGCUCCCCAAGGGAACUUCCGGCACCGAGAUGCUCCCCGAGGCCAUGUUCUGGCUCCUCCUCACCGGCCAAGUCCCAACCGUCGGACAAACCCGCCAGUUCUCCCGCGAGCUCGCAGAGCAGGGCCAGCUCCCUGACUUCGUCAACUCCCUCCUCGACUCCCUACCAAAGGACCUGCACCCAAUGACACAGUUCGCCAUCGCCGUGUCAGCACUGAACCACACCUCCUCCUUCGCCAAGGCCUACGAGGCCGGCAUCAACAAGGCCGACUACUGGGAGCCUACCUUCGACGACUCCAUCUCCCUCCUCGCCAAGCUGCCCACCAUCGCAGCCAAGAUCUACCAGAACGCGUAUAACGGCGGCGGUGCCCUGCCCGCUGAGAUCGACACCGCGCAGGAUUGGUCGUACAACUUCGCUGCCAUGCUGGGACGUGGUGGCGAGAAGCACGAGGAUUUCCAGGAUCUUCUGCGUUUGUACCUUGCUCUGCACGGUGACCACGAGGGUGGUAACGUCUCGGCGCAUGCUACCCACUUGGUUGGCUCCGCGCUGAGCGACCCCUUCCUUUCUUACUCCGCUGGACUCCAGGGUCUCGCUGGUCCUCUUCACGGCCUCGCCGCCCAAGAAGUCCUCCGCUGGGUCCUCCAAAUGCAAGAGCACAUCGGCGCGACCCCCACCCCCGCCUCCGUAAAGGACUACCUCUGGUCGACCCUCAACAGCGGGCGCGUCGUCCCCGGCUACGGCCACGCCGUCCUCCGCAAGCCCGAUCCUCGCUUCGACGCCCUGAUGACGUACGCCUCUAGCCGCCCCUCCAUCGCCGCAUCCCCUCUCUUCCAGCUGGUCAAGAUGAACAGCGAGGUCGCGCCUGGUGUGCUCACCGAGCAUGGGAAGACGAAGAACCCGUUCCCCAAUGUGGAUUCUAGCUCGGGUGUGCUGUUCCACCACUACGGAUUCCACGAGACGCUUUACUACACCGCGACGUUUGGUGUUAGCAGAGGUCUGGGACCACUGGCGCAGUUGGUGUGGGAUCGUGCGCUGGGUCUGCCGAUUGAGAGGCCGAAGAGCAUUAACCUGCAAGGCCUGCUUGAUCUGGCUGAGAAGAAGUAGAGGGUUGUUGUUGAGAAGAAGUAGGGGGUUGUUGAAUGCGCUGAAUGGAGCGAGAUUGGGUUUCGUUGAGAUGAGGUUGUUGAGAAAGAGGGGGAUUUUGUGAUAUAUGCCAUGAAGGCCCCGCGGGGUCGGAUCUCCGCUCCGAGUAUCGUCGUCUCGUGUUCGUUGAAAUAGAUCUUCUUUGCAGUCAUGUGUAGGAAGGAUUAAAAGUAGACUUUGAGUGCAGUGCUUAUUGAAAAAAAAAAAAUUACUUGUU